GAUUCCUCAAUUUUUAAGCGCCCCCCCCUUUCACUUCCCACCUUUCUUCUCACUCUCUUAUAACCCUAUCUCUCUCUCAUCACCGCUUUAGCCCUUUCGUGUUUAUCCUCUUCUUGAUCCUCACCCUACCUCAUUUUGAAACCUUUGAUCACUAUCCACCUCUCUGUUUUCCCGAAUCACUCUGAUUCCUGUUUGGUUCUGAUCAGUACUAGUUCGAAUCACUCACUUUGAUUUGUUCUUGUCUUUCUUAAACCACCUCUUGUCGAAACCAGGCCAGCUUAACCAGCUGAUCGAUCUAGUUUCCUUGCUCUGUUUUCUCGGGGAACCAACAACUAGGGUUUUGCUCAGAGCUGCGCCGCUUUAUGUAUCGAUCAAAUUAGUGUGUACCCAGUUCGAUUCACUCGUUUUUCUCACCCGGGUCUGUUGGAUCUUUGAAACAGUUGAUCAAAAUGUUGGAUCCGUGUGAUAAGCUCAGUGAUCAGGGAUCAGAGUCGGACGACAUGAUCAUUGCCAAAAACCCAAGUGAAGGCUCAUCGGAAGAAGGCCAGAAGAGGACUUGCUUCGAUUGCGGCACCUCCAAAACCCCUUUGUGGCGAGGCGGUCCGGCCGGCCCUAAGUCGCUAUGCAAUGCGUGCGGGAUCAGAAGCCGGAAGAAGAGGAGAGCUAUUUUGGGGAUAAACAAAACCACCACAAGCGGCGGAAGCGGCAGCGCGGAUGAGAAUCGAAAGGUGAAGAAGAGCAGUAGCAACAAGCAGCUCGGAGAUGGGUUGAAACAGAGGCUGUUGGCGCUUGGUAGAGAGGUGUUGAUGCAGAGAUCGUCGGUGGAGAGACAGCGAAAGAAGCUGGGUGAAGAAGAACAAGCGGCUGUGCUACUGAUGGCUCUUUCUUAUGGCUCUGUAUCUGCUUAGCGAAUGAAGAAGAAGGAAGUAGUAGAAGAAUGAUAAAUAAUGAGAUUAAAACUAGUUCGUAGGCAAAAAAUUGCAAUUCUAACCUUUGUUUCUUGUGUAACUUCCCCCCAAUGUCUCUCUUUCGUUAGUGAAAUUUACUUUGUUCUUUA